UUAGUCUUUUCUUUUUUGAAUCUUUUCCACGCUCCGUGGCACCUCGCCCGCGACUCCCCCGCCCCCCUCCCGCCGCCCCCCCCCACGCCACCACCGCUCGGGGGCUCUCCCGUUACCACCCCCCUCCCCGCCAGCCCUUCACCCCCGUUUUCCACGUUGUUUUCGGCCCGGCGCUCGGGGCUGGGGGGUGGGGGUGGGAGAGGAGGCGCAGAAAGUUGCGAGCGGCGCCCCGCGCCCCCGCCCCCCGCCGGCGGCCCGCGGCCCGGAGACGCUCGGGGAGCCCGCGCGCGGCCCCGGCCCAGGACGCGGACGCCGGAGCGACGGGACGGACGCGGGGGGACGCGCCGUCCGCACCCCCAGAGGCUCCGGCUGCCACUUCAGCUUUAAAAGUUUAUAAGUAAAUACUCUGCUCUUGCAAGGGAACCUAUCAGACCUGUUUAGAAAAUGAGCAGGCUUUGCAGACGGGGCCCAGCGGUUGGCACGAGGGCGCAGAGGUGACGGCGAGUGACGGGAUGCCCCGGCCACCCCUGAGCGUCUUCCCUUGUGACGAGCCGACUGCAGCCAGGGCCCUGUGAAGCCAGCGUGGACGGAGCCCUGGGGACGAGCCGGUCAAGGCGCCAUUCACUCGAGGCCCUCGCUGACAUGGGUUCAACUCUCGCCCUGCCUGUCCGCGCCAGGCUGAGCUCGCCCGCCGCCGCCGUCCCAUGCAGCGGCUGAGCCUCUGAGCGCGCCAGCCGUAGCCCACCGCGGCCCGCGAAGGGGGGAGGCGGGGAGAGCGCCCGCCCGCCCGCCGCCAUGGCCCAGGACAGGAGCGGGACGCGCAUCGUGACGGAGAGGCUGGUGGCCCUGCUGGAGAGCGGGGCGGAGAAGCUGCUGCUCAUCGACAGCCGGCCCUUCGUGGACUACAACACGUCGCACAUCCUAGAGGCCAUCAACAUCAACUGCUCCAAGCUCAUGAAGCGGCGGCUGCAGCAGGACAAAGUGCUCAUCACCGAGCUCAUCCAGCACUCGGCGAAGCAGCAGGUGGACGUGGACUGCAACCAGAGGGUCGUGGUGUACGACCAGAGCUCCGAGGACGCGGCGUCCCUGGCCCCCGACUGCUUCCUCACUGUCCUCCUGGGGAAGCUGGAGAAAAGCUUCAGCUCCGUGCACCUGCUCGCAGGCGGCUUCGCCGAGUUCUCCCGCUGCUUCCCCGGCCUCUGCGAGGGGAAGGCCGCUGUGGUCCCCACCUGCAUCUCCCAGCCCUGCUUACCUGUGGCCAACGUCGGGCCCACCCGGAUCCUCCCCAACCUCUAUCUCGGCUGCCAGCGGGACGUCCUCAACCAGGACCUGAUGCAGCAGAACGGGAUCGGCUAUGUGCUCAACGCCAGCAGCACCUGCCCCAAGCCCGACUUCAUCCCCGACUCGCACUUCCUGCGCGUGCCCGUGAAUGACAGCUUCUGCGAGAAGAUUCUGCCGUGGCUGGACAAAUCGGUGGACUUCAUCGAGAAGGCCAAGGCCUCCAACGGCUGCGUGCUGGUGCACUGCCUGGCCGGCAUCUCGCGCUCGGCCACCAUCGCCAUCGCCUACAUCAUGAAGAGGAUGGACAUGUCCCUGGACGAGGCCUACAGGUUUGUGAAAGAGAAGAGACCCACCAUAUCGCCCAACUUCAACUUCCUGGGCCAGCUCCUGGAGUACGAGAAGAAGAUCCAGGGCCAGAGCGGCACACCGGGCCCCCGGGGCAAAGCCAAGCCCCCGCCCGUGGAGCUGCCCCCGCGCGAGCCGGGCCCUGUCGCCGCGGCCGCCGCCCCCGAGGGCCCCCGGGGCGCCCCCUGCGCCCACCCCGCUACCUCAGAGGCCGCAGGGCCCCCGCCCGAGGACGGCCCCCUGGUGCAGGCGCUCAACGGGCUGCACCUGCCGGCCGACAGGCUGGAGGACAGCAGCCGGCUCAAGCGCUCCUUCUCGCUGGACAUCAAGUCCGUGUCGUACUCGGCCAGCGUGGCCGCCUCGGCACUGCACGCGCUGGCCGCCGACGAGGCCCUGGACUACUACAAGCCCUCGGCCGCGCUGGACGGGCCCGGUAAGCUGUGCCAGUUCUCCCCGGUGGAGGAGGUCUCGGAGCAGACCCCCGAGAGCAGCCCGGACCAGGAGCGGCCGCAGCCUGCCCGGCCCCCCGAGAGCCAGGGCCCGAGGCCGCACCCGCCCCGGGCCCCCCCGCGGCCCCCGGCGCCGGCCCUGCACCGCAGCGGCAGCGUCGAAGACAAUCACCACCCCGGCUUCCUCUUCGGCCUCAAGGGCUGGCACUCGGACAUCCUGGCGCCCCCGGCUGCCGCCGCCUCCCUCGCCGGCGGCUGGUAUUUCGCCGCCGAGUCCUCCCACUUCUACCCGGCCUCGGCCGUGUACGGCAGCAGCGGCGGCGGCGGCUACUCGGCCUACAGCUGCGGCCAGCUGCCCACGUGCGGCGAGCAGGGCCUGUCCGUGCGCCGGCGGCACAAGCCCAGCGACCGCGCCGACUCGCGGCGCAGCUGGCACGAGGAGAGCCCCUUCGAGAAGCAGUUCAAGCGCCGCAGCUGCCAGAUGGAGUUCGGUGAGGGGCUCCUGUCCGAGAGCCGGGCCCGGGAGGAGCUGGGCAAGGUGGGCAGCCAGUCGAGCUUCUCCGGCAGCAUGGAGGUCAUCGAGGUGUCCUGAGCAGGCGGCCCCCGCCCCCGCGGACUAGUCCCUGUAAAUCUGAAAUAUAUAUAUAUAUAUAUCUGUACAUACAUCCGUCGGGGGGAAACGGAGCCCUGGGGUGAGCGAGCCACGCGGGGCCGCGCGGCUGUCCCCUUCCGGAGGGCGGACGCCAGACCCCCCCGCGGCUCUGGGGUGGGCGGCUCAGCGUCCGAGGAGGCCGGACGGUACCCGCCUGAUCUCAGAUGCUCGUCUCUGCCCUGCCCCUCCCCUGCCCCUCUGCGCUGACACUGAGCCAGCUUGUGGGGUGCUGGCAGGCCCCGCCAGGGACGGCGCCCGCCCGAGUGGUCGGUCGAUCCCAGAGAAACGGUCAGCGGCUGCCCGCUGCCCGCACCCCACACCCCACACCCCGCCCCGCCCCACCGGGCAGACCGCUCCUCGGGGCCUGUGGAGAUCUGCCUCCAGCAGACCCUGUACCUCAGACCACACACGGGGCCUCGCCACGCCCACACCCGCCGCCUGUCUUCUAGGCAUUGUGAAUAGGUAGGUAGCUAGUGACACUCGGACCCAUCCACGCCGUCUCCGCGCGCUCCUGGGCGGGCGGGCGGGCGGGCGGGACACAGCCGGUCCCUUUCUCCUUUCUCCUUUUAUUCUCUCGGCGUUUCACAAAGGGAGAGAAGGGGGAGCAUCUAGGAAAUCAGUCCAGCAUCAUGAUUUGUAAGCUUAAGUGGGGGACGGGGAAGACACCCCCCUCCAGCCCCCCAACCUCCCCCCCCCCAGCUCUAAAUCAAAGAUGUCCAGAACAGUCUGGGGCGGGGCGGGCAAACAGGUGCCUUUCCUUGGGCAGAGAGCGGGGCAGCCGCUCCGGGGGCUCCUGGCAGAACGUGCCCGGGACAGAGGACCCGAGAAGGUUCCACGCCCGAGUGGCGGGCGACGACGGUUUUCUCUCUGCCGCGUGCUCGUGCUUGCGGGUCCAUCUGACUCACUCUCGGGGCUGGGAACGGCUCUGUGAGAAAGGGGGUUGGUUCCGUGGGCCCAGGACAGGACAGGGUGACCCGGGGGGGGGAGGGGCGGUCGUUGUUCGAGAAGCAGCAGCCGAGACGCUGGGACCUAGCUCCCUCCAUCCCUGCCCCGCGGUCACGGUCGUGGACGCAGCUCAGGCCACUGGACACGAGGUGCCUCCCGCGACUCCCAGCCGUGCCGGGGGGGGGGGCUCCCCGGGGAGGCCCGCGUUGCCCAGCCAGCCCUGCUCUUUCCUGGAGCGUAGCUAGUUGCUGACUCAUAUCUCAGGUUUUUCGAUGUUGGAAGCAUGCACAGUCCGUGGACGGGGAGGCGAUUUAACCGUUUCCUCUGGUGACACACAACACGCUUUGGCUGGGCACGGGGUGAGGACAGAAGGGGCGGAGUCCUGCUCCGUGACGCGAGCUGUCCUGUCACCCGCAGUUCUGGUUGUGACCCCGCACCUCGCCGUGUCCCGAGAGUUCCGAGGGUCCGUGUUGGGGGUGGGGCCAGGGUGGGGGGCUCCAUCCUCGGGGAUCCCUCCUGGCCACCGUCCUCUCUUCUGUCACCGCUGUCUUCGUUCCUUGGUUGCUUCUGCCAGGGGACGAAGCGCCAGAGGCCAGCCGCGAGGCGCGAGGCGGCGGGCACGGAGGAGAGGUGGGUUCCAGGCCGAGCCAGACGUCCGCGAGACACACUGGGGAACGGGGAAGGACGGUGCCGGGCCGGGUGGUCAGACUGAACCGCUGUUUCGCGUGAACGGUGUCCUUUGGAGGGAGGCAAGCUGCUGAAUGGUUCAGUUGUGCAGUUCUCGUUUGAUGUGUCAUGUAUGUCAAUAUGAUGAAAUAAAAUCAAAACUGGUACCUGUUUCUACAUAAGGAUGAGAAGGGCUCCCUCUUUGCACUGGCGCCAACAGCAGCAUCCGGGCUGUGGGGGAGGCGGCGGGUGGGGGGUGGGGGGUGUCUUACGAUGGGGGUCUCUCACUCGCACCCACUUCCCAAAUGUGGCAGAGAAACACUACAGGGGGCCAGAAAGGUAGACCAGUGGGUAGUGCACUUGGCCUUGGCCAACCCACUUUCAACCCCGGGCAUCCCAUAGGACCCCUGCGCCCGCCAGAAGUGAUUCUUGAACGCAGAGCCAAGAGUGAUUACUUAAGCAUCAGAAGGUGUGGCCCUAAUACAACAACACAAAUAGUCCCCCGCCCCCAGACACACAAAGUGCAGAGAGAGCCCUAAAUCACUCGGGAAGCCCCGCACAGGGGUCCUGGGAGGGGAGGCUGAGGGGAACUGCCGCAGCCCCUGAGGCACCGGGCCCCACGCCCAGGAUCUGAUUCCCAAACCUCAGCACCGGUGACCUGUCGGCCACAAACCUUACUGCAAAGGAAAACAGUCAA